AUGGUUGCACCUGCACCUCUUCGAGACCAAUCCAAGCGUCGGGUUUGUUACUACUACGAUACAAAUGUUGGAAACUACUACUACGGUCCUGGCCACGUUAUGAAGCCCCACCGUAUCAGGAUGGCUAAUGAGCUCAUUCUCAGCUACGGGCUCUAUCAGAAUUUAUCCAUUUAUCGACCACGUCCAGCAUCAUUCGAAGCGAUGACAACAUUUCACAGCGAUGAGUACAUCACAUUCCUGAGAGAUGCUAACAUAGACAAUUUGAAUUCAUUUGGAGCGUCGAAAGGGAAAUUUUCCCAAAACAACGAUGACUGCCCACUGUUCGAUGGUCUCUACGAAUUCUGCCAACUCAGUUGUGGAGGUUCUUUAGCAGCCGCAAUCAAAUUGAAUAAGAAAAAAACCGACAUCGCAAUUAAUUGGAUGGGCGGUCUACAUCAUGCGAAAAAAAGUGAAUCAUCCGGAUUCUGCUACACCAACGAUAUUGUCGUUGGGAUUCUGGAGUUACUGAAAUUCCACAAACGAGUCCUUUACGUAGAUAUCGAUAUCCAUCAUGGAGAUGGUGUUGAGGAGGCAUUUUUCGAUACAAACCGAGUGAUGACCGUAUCCUUCCACAGAUUUGGAAAUUUCUUCCCAGGAACCGGAGAUAUCAAAGAUGUCGGUAUCUAUAAUGGAAGGUUGUACUCGGUGAAUGUACCACUUUCCGAUGGAAUCACCGAUGAAUCCUAUGAAAGAAUCUUCGUACCAGUUAUGAAGAAAGUGAUGGAGAUGUUCGAUCCACAAGCAGUGGUUCUACAGUGUGGAGCUGAUUCUUUGUAUGGAGAUCGUCUUGGAAAAUUCAAUCUCAGUCUCAGAGGACAUGGAGCAUGUGCGGAAUUCUUCCGCAAGUACGACGUCCCUCUUAUGAUGGUUGGCGGCGGAGGAUACACACCAAGAAACGUGGCAAGAUGCUGGGCAUAUGAAACAUCGAUUGCAGUUGGUAUUGAGGUUCCAAAUGAACUACCAUUCAAUAAUUAUUAUGAAUACUUUGGACCGGACUACAAACUACACAUUGAGCCAUCACAGGUUCUGAAGAAUGACAAUCCUGAUCAGAAACUUUUAGAAUUGCAAAAAGAAAUUUUCGAGAAUUUAAGUCAGCUUGAUAAAGUUCCCAGUGUACAAAUGCAGCCUAUGGAAGACGAUACACUCCCUGUGUUAGAAUUCGAAGACAUCGCUCGGGACGAAGAGAAUCCGGAUGUCCGUCUGCCCAUGUCAAUUAUGGAUUCAUGCCAACACAACGACGCAGAUUUUUACGAUGACGAGAAUGGAGGUGACGAUCAUCGAAAUGAGGCGAAUGGACUACGGCAAGCAGAAGCUGAGAAUAAUCUGUGA